AUGUCAUCUUUCUUCAAAUAUUCUGCAGUCCUGCGGAUCAUCAAGGCACGUGAGCGCUGUCACAGAUUGAAGAAAGAGGAGAAGAAGACAUUCAAAAAUAAUGCAGAUAAUGUCAUCUGUGAGAGAUUGAAGAAGAAGAUACAGAAGCUGACAGAGAAGAAGAGAAUUGAGGCCUUAUUCAGAUCUCAAAUACACUCCAUGAUUCAGAAUAUUGAGAAGACAGCUCUGCUCUCUGAGCAUGUCAAUCUGCUUGCUACUGAGAUGAAACCCGAGGCAGCAGAUCAGGAAAUACGGGAUUUUGAGACACAGAUUGACCUGACUGAGAGGGAGCAGCAGGAACCCUUCUCUGAGAAGACAGUGAAGAGAGAUUUUGAGGUGAUUAUCAUCUCAGAUGAGGAGGAGAAGAAGAAGAAGAAGAAUAAGAAGUAA